CCAGUUUGUUGUUUAGCGGGUGUGGGCGAAGCGCGCGCACACUGAUAGCAAUUAAGAAUUAUGCUAUUUAUUAUUCGUCUUCCGUUAAUUGGCCAAUAUUCUUGGCGCAUUUUAGCUAGCGUUACACGGCCGCCACCAUGCAACAAUUUCAGGUGAUAAUGUUGUGCAAGUGUUCGUGUGAAUGGAUGAAAGCCAGGAAGGAGGAUAGGAUGCUUUGUGAGGUAAGGUUGAUCAGAUAGAUUUAGUCUUCCGCCUACUCUGAGAAUCCCUUCAGUGUCUAUGAAUGGUGAUAGUAGACACAAUGAUGAAUUUUUCGGUAAUGUUUUUCCCUUCCCUAAUUCCCUUAAUUCUUCAUGAAACACAUCUGCUUGGGCUAAUUUUACUAAUUUCUUGCAGGAAUUCGAAAGCUCAUCGACGGAAAGUGGUAUCAAUUUGCUUCCAGGAACUAUUGGUGAACGACGUCGACACGAUGUGAUGAAUCGGAUACAGUAGGCAGUUACUCGGAGCAAUUUUGUGUGGGUGGAAAAAAUCCACUUCUUCAGAUGCAUCAUGAUCAGUUGUUGACGAUGGCCAUUCAUCGGGCGAUAAUUUAAGCCACGGAGGUCCAUGAUGCCAUAGGUCAUUAAUGACGAAAUCUUCGACGCCUAUUCCACGCGUUAUGAGAUCUGCAGGGUUCUGCUUUCCUGCUAUAUGGUUCCAGGGUGAUCCAUGGGUGUCCUGUUGGAUUUCUGAAACCCUGUUAGCCACGAAAGUUUUCCACGUAGUCGGAGGUGAUCGUAACCAAGCAAGCGUCACAGAAGAAUCGGACCAGAAAUAUGUAGCAGAUAUAUUCAUAUUCAAUGCUUCAACUAUUCGGCAAUACAAUCUGGAUGCUAGAACAGCUGCUGAUAAUUCCAGUCUUGGUAUGGAGAGCUGCUUCAACGGCGCGACUUUGGAUUUAGCAGCUAUUAAUUGGACGUACACUUGCCCAUUGGAAUCGGUGGAUCUGGCAUAUCCACAUGCACCAUAUGCUCGUUCUGAUGCAUCGGCGAAAAAAUGCAACUGCACAGUUGAAUUGGGAACAUCUUCAUCCCAUCCACAUGGAAGUAACCAGAGCUCUUGUAGAAAAAUUUUUGCUUUUAUCGUGACUGGGGCGGUCAAACCAAGUGGAUCGAAUUGUCUGGCGAUACAUGAAAGGAUGGAUCGUUUCGUGGGCGGAAAUUUAUCUUCACUGUGGUCAAACGGAAAGGAAAACUCGUCUGUGUGCGGUUCCCAGCUGACGCCAAGAGCCCGAAUUGCAGAAUUGGGCCCUAAUUUAAGGACAGGACUCAUACCGAUUGGCUGUGGUUCGAGCCCAUCAAGCACCUUUGGAUGAUUUGAUGACCAUUUCCUCAGGCAAAAACCUCCCUUGGAUAGAAGUUCAUCGAGUUGCUGGCGUGUUUCUGUUGCUUCUGCUGUGGAGUUUACUCCACUUAUUAGGUCAUCCAUAUAAAAUCCUUUCAUUAAUGCUGUACGACCUAGUGGAUAACUGUUUCCCUCAUCCUCAGCCAAUUGUUGUAAGGUUCGAGUGGCGAGAAAUGAAGAUGGGGCUAGGCCAUAUGUAACGGUUUGCAAUUCGUAGGUUGAUAUUGGCUCAUGAGGACUGAAGCGCCAGAAAAUUCUUUGGAAGUGAGUAUCGACUGGAUGUACUAAUAUCUGACGGUACAUCUUUUCUAUGUCAGCCACUAAUGCGAUCGGAUAUCUACGAAACCGAAUUAAUAGAGUCAGAAGUUCAUCCUGCAUGGUAGGCCCAACCUGAAGCGCAUUAUUCAGGGAAUAGCCGGUACAACUUUUGGCUGAUCCAUCAAAGACAACACGCAUUUUUGUGCUGCUGGAGCUCUUGAAUACUGGAUGGUGUGGUAAAUAAAAUGCCCUGAUGUUUUCUUUAUCUGGUGGGAAUACCUGCUUCAUGUGCCCGAGGGAUAGAUAUUCUAACAUGAAGUCAUGGUACUGCUGUUUCAAUUCUGGAUUAUUUGAAAAUCGUUUCUCUAAAAUCUCGAAUCGGCGGAGAGCUACCGAUUUUGAAUCGCCUAGCAUACAAUCCAAGUUCUGUUGUCGUGGUAAUUUUACUAUGUAUCUACCUUCGGAAGUUCUAGAAACAUUCGCAGCAUAAUGUUCUUCGCAUUGUCGUUCUUCUUCGGAGUAGUUGGGACGGUUGCUUAUUUCUUCUAUACGCCAAAAUUGCUCUAAUGCGUCAUGAAGAGGAUCGGUAAGUAUCGCAUGACAACUUGUCAGGCAUGGUUCACGAGGUAUGUUUAUUCGACCGGACAUGAUCCAGCCAAAAACACUGUUUAUCAGGGAAGCCUUGUCCGCUUGAUCGAUUCUCAUGCCAGGGUUCACAAACGUGAAGAAAUGUUCUGCUCCCAAAAGAAUAUCGAUUGCUCCGGUUUUAUUGAAGUUUGGGUCUGCCAAGAACAAAUCAGACGGUAGUUUCCAACUCUCAAUUGGAAAUGAAGCGGAAGGUAAGUUGAUGGUUAUACGAGGCAUUAUCAAAAAGCUUAAAUCAAGCUCGAAAUUGGAUCUUCUGGAUCGUAUUCGUGUGUGAACUGAAUGUUGUACGGUGGAUGUAGAUUCUCCAAUGCCAUAUAUUGGUAGUUGAAUUUUAUGUUUCUUGAGUUUCAACAGUUGGCAUAAUUUUUCGCUCAUGAUAUUGGAUUGCGAACCGCUAUCCAACAUUGCUCUGGCAGGAUGCACAGUUCCAUUUGCGUCGACAACUAAUAAUACCACAGUUGAUAGCAUAACGUUCGAAUUCGAUAGUGGAGCACUGUUCGAUUCAACAGUGGUAUGAUUGGAAGAUGUGACAGGCGGUUGAUGAUCAUAAACAAACUGACGAUUGUUUGUUAUGCUGGCGGAUCGUUGGAUGGAUGUAUUUCUUGGUUCAUUUGCAGGUGUUUGAUGAUAAAUUGGUGUUUCGUUCAUAGGAAAACUUGAAUGAAGCAUAGUGUGGUGUCUUUUUCUACAGUGACGACAGGUGUAUUUGGAUGGACAAUUGCGGGAAACAUGAUCUUGGCGAAAACAGUUAUGGCAGAGACGGCGAUUGUUUAUCAGAUUGAGACGAUCAGCUGGACUCAUUCUUUCGAAUGUUGGGCAUCUCAACGGUGGAUGUUGUUGGUCACAAGCAUGACAUGUUCUUUGUUGUUUUUCAGCAGCAGUAUGUGUUGUGAUUUUUGUGAAUUUGUUUGCGAAUUAUGUUGUUGUGAUUUUGUGAAUUCAUGGGAUGUGAUGAUUGAUUAUUCACAGACAUGGAUUCAAAUCUGGUAUUUCGAUUGUCGUUGCGUAAUCUUCCCAUGACUUUAGUGUUGCUUCAUCAAGACGCAGACACAAAAGGUGUUCGAGUAUUGUACUCCAUGCUUCGAUUGGCUCACCGAGCUGGUGAAGGAUUUUAGUGUGACGUUCGUACUCGUCAACAACAUUAUGUAAAGCGGCGGCAGAUUCUUUCUUCAUUCGAGGACAAUCAAGAAGAGCUUGCAAAUGUCGUUUCUUGAGCAAAUAUUCGUUCGCAUAACGGGAUUUUAAUGCUUGCCAUGCAAUUGAAUAAUUGGCGGAGCACAUUGAAAUGGAUUCAAAUACUUGCGCUGCUUCUCCUUUAACUGCAGCACGGAGAUAAUGAAAUUUUUGAAUAUCGGAUACAUCGGCAUUCGAGUGUAUGAGCGCGACGAAUGUAUCGUGGAAAGUCAACCACUGAUUAUAGUCUCCAUCAAAUUCUGGUAACGAGAUGGUCGGAAGCUUUAUACCGGAGAGCCCAGAGAUAGCAGAGUUAGGAGUUGUGUUCAUUGAAGAAGGGAUACAGGGUAGAUAGGAUUUUAGAGUGGCUUUUAUUCGGAAGUAGACCGAUUCAAAAUCGGAUCGUAUUUGUGUAUUGGCGGCCAUAUCUUCAUCGGUGUCUUCGUCAAUUUCCAGUUGCGUCUGCACGUCGUCUAACUUCCUCCAUAUCGUGUCCAAACUCUCUAUCCUCAAUGGUACUUGCGAUGCGUCGCGAUCGGCGAUGAAAUUCUCCACGAACUGUUCCGCU